GUGGUGGCGUUAGGCCUAGCGCAGCAGUGUUUGUGUGUGGGCCGGCGGCGAUGCGGCCUCGACGACGAUUCCGCCGCCGGGGCUGGGCCUAGGCUUCAACGGGAACCCAUGCGCAGCCCGGGCCGGGCCGCUAGCGCUCGGCCAUGGCCCGCUCGGGAUCGCGCGAGCUCAUCUCGCUGGGACAGCCGCGGCCGGGCGUCGCCCGGCGCCAGAACGACUACAUCGAGACCCCACUGAGGAGCAAGGAUGCGGCGGCGGCGGUGGUGGCGCAGCAGCCGGCGGCGGCCAAGAAGGCGGCUGCCGGCCACGAGGACUCCAUCAUCUGCGGCCGCUGCGGCCGAUGCCGCUGCGACGCGUGCCAGGGCCCGCGGCCGCUGCCCUCUCGCUGGGUGUGCGGCGAUAAGGUUCACUGCUCGGCCGGGGCGCUGGUCGACUGUUGCUCGUGCGUGUGUUGCGCCAAGGGCCUCUUCUACCACUGGGCCAAGGACUACGACCUGGACACGGACGUGUCGUGCGCCGAUCAGCCCUGCUCGUGCGCGCCGCACCGGCGCUGCGCGCGAUGGGCUUGCCUCGGCCUCCUCAGCCUGCUGCUGCCCUGCCUCUGCCUCUACUGGCCCUUGCGCGGACAGCAGCGGAAGGAUGUGCGGGCCGGUCUCGAUGGCUCAAGUGCGAACGCCGCCGUCCCGCUGGCAUUGUCGUUACUGCCGCUGCUACACGAGCUUGUGUACCAUACAGACGGCCACUGUUGGCCUGUGAAUAAUAAAGGCGCAUUUGAUGACGCGACGCUGCCCUCAGUCUUACCGUCUAUGAGUCUGUGAAUCUUCGAAAUCGAAAUUCGACGUCUCUUAUUCGACAUUCCUGGCUCCUCCACGCAACAUCACACGGUGGCCGGUCAAGCUCGAAAUGUAUU